AUGCACAUAAAACCGAUGUUAGCGGUCCCUGUUUGCCUAGUAGCCGUCUUCGUGUUCUGGAUAACUGGAUCCAGUGGUCUCUUCAUCCCCAACCUAACAGAGAGGUGCUACAGAUGUUUGUGCCACGUGUCCACAAAUUGCGACAUGUCACAUGAGUGCACUGGAGGCUACUGUGGACCGUUUAACAUAUCCAGGAUCUACUGGGUUGAUGCCGGCAAUAUUACGUUGACCGCAGAUGAUCCGGAGAGGAAUCAUGCUUGGUCAGACUGUGCGAGAAGUUACCACUGCGCUAAAAGAAUCAUAGAGGGUUAUUUACAGAAGUUCGGGAAGGACUGCAAUGGAGAUGGCGUAACAAACUGCUUUGACUACAUGAUGGUGAAUGGUAAUGGUGGCUAUGGAUGUUCAGCUCCCUUGAACAGGUCAGAAAAUGGAAGAAAAUGGCUCCGAAGAUACGAAGAAUGCCGACUAUAA